ACUAAAAAAAUUUAUUUUCUCUCCAAGUAUAUCAAUAAUUAAAUAAAACAACUUCAUAAAAAGCCACGUCAGUGUUGUCGUCGUCUCUCGAGUUAAUUUUUCUCAACAAUUUCCACCAAUAUCAACAACAAUAAAAAACAAUCAAAAAAACAAAAGAAAAAAAAAUAAAUCAAAAAUCAAUCAUGGACGAGAACAUCAGAACGCAUCUCAUUGGUCCAAAUCACGAUAACGAUCAGGUGCUGACCAAAAACUUGGAGUUCUGGAUGACCCGACUCCCAGGAGCACUGAAAAAAAUCCCGCUCAUCAACUUGGCGAUUCCAGGCUCCCACAACACAAUGACCUACACAAUAAACCGUUUUAAUGACGUAGGACCCGACGAACCGGCCUCGCUUCAGUUUUUCGGUAAAUAUUUUUCCAUUAUUUCAAAACCUCUCAUAUUUAAUUGGUCUGUCACGCAAUACGAUGACGUAGUCCAGCAAUUAAACGGGGGAGUGCGAUACCUAGACUUUCGAUUGGCGACCAAGGCCAGGAAUAAUGACAAUGAUAUUGAACGCAAUGAUGACGAUGUCUAUUUUCUGCACGGUCUCUAUGGUGACGAGGUGACACAACAUCUAGUAGAAAUAAAUCAUUGGCUGCUGUCACAUCCAGGGGAAAUAGUAAUCAUUGAUUGCCAGCAUUUUUAUUCAUUCAGCGAACGGGUCCAUGGGAAAUUCGUCAGCAAACUUAAAAAUAUAUUCAAGAAUUUAAUGUGCCCGUCGACGGUCAAUUUGUGGAAGGUGACGUUGGAGUGGAUGGUAAAUUACCGGUACCAGGUGAUCAUCAUCUACAGGAAUGAAAUAAUUAGAAAGGAAAUAAAUUUUUGGCCGAGUGGGUUGUGGCCGACCCCGUGGCCAGACACUACGAGACCUAGGGCGCUGGUGGAUUUUCUCGACAUGAGACUGAAGACCCGGUUAGCGGACACGGGGUUCGUGUCCCAGUGCCUGCUGACCCCGGAUGCUAGAUAUAUUCUGAAACAUUUGUGCGGGAGUCUUCAUCGUGACUUGGCAGAGGUUUGCAGGAAGACUUCGCUGGACUGGAUCAGAAGACACGCGCCCGGAGCUGGGGGGCUCAAUAUCGUCAUCACGGACUAUGUUUCUUAUAACAAUUUUAUGUUUUCGCGGGUUGUUAUUCAGAGGAAUGCUUUGCUGAUGGAUAAUUGCGGUAAAUUUUUGGAUACUUUUGGUCAGCAUCCGUGCCAGGAGUUGUAAGUUGAGGUGACGGUUAAAUAACCCAGGGUCAUUGCUCAAUUAAUUUUACGGGGUUAUUUUUGUUAGAUAUAGGCUACAGUUAUGAUGUUCAACAGUUAUUGUUUAUGUAAAAAAUAUUUUCGUAGGCUAUAAAUAAUUGAGGGUUUAAAUGGCUCAGUUGUAAAAAGUAUUUCUUAGAUUUAAUUUUUUAGUUAGAGGAGGAAAUAAAUAGUAUUUUUAUAAAUAAAUAUUUU